AUGAUGCUACAGAGGAAGAAGCCAGGAUGGAGGCCUGGACUGAUGCUUUGCUGGUUUCUAUUCUGGAUCUCUCAUCAACCAGACUCCCUCCACAGGGUGUCAGCCGUCAACCUGCGGCGCUUCAUUGGCUGUGCUGUCCGGGAGUUCACCUUCCUCGCCAAGAAACCCGGCUGCGGGGGCCUGCACAUCACCACUGACGCCUGCUGGGGGCGCUGUGAGACCUGGGAGAAGCCCGUCCUGGACCCUCCCUACAUUGAGUCCCACCAGCGGGUUUGUACCUACAAUGAAACCCGCAUGGUCACUGUGAAAUUGCCCAACUGCCAGCCCAACGUCGACCCAAUGUACACCUACCCCGUGGCCUUGAGAUGCGACUGUGGAGUCUGUGUAACCAGCACCACUGAAUGUAUAACCUCUGUGUGA